ACACAGCAUGGUGACUACGCUCAGACUCACAUGUUCCUCUGCAAACAUUCAGCUGAUCUUUGUUACUUUUUCAUCGGCAGAAAGAAGGUGCAGGUCUCUUUGCAGUGAUGGACGGCAUCAAAAGAUACUUGGCCGUGCGAGGAGUCCGUUGGCCCUGGACCAGGACGGACGACACGCCGACUGAGUCCAGCCCGCUUAUACCGAAGGGGAAUGCUAAUGAGAUUGCCCACAGGACCACCGAGCUCCACCAAGUUAGUGUAAUUGACGAACAAAAGCCUGGAUCCAAGGCGAUCCACCCCCCCAACUACAGAUAUUCUUUCAUCGACUACUUCCUCAAGUACCUCCUGGUUCUAAGCAACUUGAUGUUCUCCGUCCUGGGCCUCCUUCUCCUCGGCUUGGGGAUGUGGGGCCUCAUCAGCAAAGAAUCUUUAUCCCAGGAGAGGAUCGGAAGCCUUGGCACCGACCCCAUGCUGCUGCUGGUGACCACGGGCCUCUUGCUGACGGUGCUCUGCCUGACGGGCUGCGUGGGCGCCUUGCGGGAAAACAGCUGCCUGCUGAAGGCGUUCUCCGGAGCGCUGCUGGUGCUCAUCACGGCCGAGGUGCUGGCCGUCAUCGUGUUAUACAACACCCAAGAGGAGAUCGGCAACCUUCUGCGGUCGGGAAUGUUGACUGCCAUGGCCGGCUACCAGGACGAUCUGGAUCUAAGGUUCAUCACCGAUGAGAUCCAGUCCAAUCUUCAGUGCUGUGGGGCGGACACGUACCGGGACUGGGAGAUCAACAUAUACUACAACUGCUCCGCUCCAGGAAUUUUGGCCUGCGGCGUUCCGGCCUCGUGCUGCCUGGACCCGAUGGAAAACGGAACCGUGUGGAACUCUCAGUGCGGCUUGGAUGCUCAAACGUUGGAUGAGUUCAGCGCUCAGAGCGUGAUCUUCCUGGGAGGAUGUUUGGGGGGAAUGUCGCGGUGGGUGCAGCAGCACGAGGCACUGAUCGGGACCGUAAUCGUGGUCGUACUGGUCGUGCAGAUCCUGACCGUGUUUGUGACCGCGCGACUCCAAGAGAGGAUCCGCUGGCAUAAACUCUACGCCUAACAGGAGAUGAUGGACGCAAUGUAUUUCAAUGUGUUCCAAGGCA